CUAGGUUUUCUCUGACUCUGACCAAGGGUCAAACCACUGACUCCUAUCCAAUUUGACUCGUCACAUUGGUUUAGGGUUUCUUGAAUCCAAGUCUACUUGAUUUCUUUGCAGGUCCACACCCAUUUGGGUCUGGGUCUGAAAAUCCAACUGCUACAAAUCCCAACAUGGACAUGGAACCGGUGUUUUAUGAGGCGUCGUCUUCGAAUGGAAUCGAGGAGCCAAAGGGUGUGCCCAAGUUUCUAGAAAUGCAGGAGUGCUAUAACAUAUGCAUGGCAGCUUACAAAGAGGUCAUGGCUAUGGCUGUGAAAGCAAACACUUGGGUUGUGGAGGUUCCACUGCUCGGUUCGAUUGAGGAACUCCAGCAGAUGUUCAGGGCUCCACCCUCUCCUGGUAUGGAGAUUGAGUAUUCCAUUGAGAGCGGUGUUGUUCCGAUUAAGCUAGAAAACGUGGUUGCUGCCAUGACAAAUGUGGAUGAAUGGGCUUCAGCCUUGAGCAACAUUGUUCAUCACAGAACUGAUGAAGUGCCAAGUGGUGUUAUGAGUAAUUUGGCGUGUAAUACACCACCACAUACCCGUGACAAUUUCAAGGGUGUAAAAACGAUAAAUGCUGAACUUCUCUUGCCCGUGCCAUGUAUGCCAACACGUAAAUUCAGUUUCGUCAGGUUUUUGAGGCAAGUCAUACCAGAUGUAUGGGCUGUUGUUGAUGUAUCGACUGACUAUUUUCCGCACAUUGACUCUACACUGAAAGUGAACUGUAAGAGAAGGCCUUCUGGGGUCAUCAUUAGGAGGCGUGAUGAUCAUUCUGAGGUUAUAUGGAUUGAGAAUAUGGAAGUACAGAAAUGCAAUGUCCAAGAUAGUAUAUACUCUGGAGUAAUCAAUUCAAACCUGGCAUUCGGAGCAAAGCGCUGGAUUAGUACAUUGUCAACCAAAGAAAAGCGGACCGAAAGUAGAUUUGUCACUCUUAGACUGCCUAAUAAUUUUUCUCAAGCAUUUUCAGUUCGUGUUGCUCUGCUGACAUUGACUAGAAGGUUGAAGAAGGCGUAUUUGAAUUACAUAACUGAGCAUCCAGAUGAAACUAAAUGGGAUUUACUAUCAGACACAGGAGUUCAGAUUUUGAAGGAUACUGAUGCAGAAGGAAAAGAUAAUUACAUGGCAGUGACUACCUUCCGAGUCAAAGCAACUCCGAGCACAGUUUUUAACUUUCUUGUCAAAAGGACUCGGGAAUUACAGUGGUCACAUUUAGAAGAGAUGGAAGAGCCUGAAGAAGUGAUAACGUUAGUCACGGACGAUGACAGCAACUGUAUUACUUUACAUGCAAAAUCAGUUAUGCAAACAGAGUCUGCAGAGAAUUUUGAAUAUGUGUUACAAGAGGCUUCCAGGGAUGAGUUUUGCUCUUUCAUUAUAGCAUCACCUAUCAGCCAGUCAGAAGUUAAUGGUGCUUUAGGGUUUGGAAAAUCAUCUUGUGCCUUAAGACCUUUUGGUUUUUCCAUAAUACCUGAUGGGUCUCGGGGACUCCUAUCCGGUGCUUCCCUUGUAACUAUGGCCUUCCAACGAGAGCUUGGCGCUGAUCUUGAAACUAGUGAAGUGAUUGAAGGAAUGAGCAAUCAUGUCAGCGAUAUUGUUGGAGCGAUAAAUGAAGCAUUUACAGUAGGGGAAGAAGCAACAGAGCUGUAGAGAAUUCUUGGAAAGAUAACAGAUGUUGGGAACCAGCUGAUCAUUGUGCAGUCCAUUCCUAAACUACUUUUCAGUUGUAAUUGUGAAACUUUCAACCUUUUGACGGUAUUCAAAAAUUACAGCGGUGAUAGAGAGCUGAGGUUCAAAUACAGUUAUAGUUAUAAGGUUCAAAUACAGUUCCAGUUAUGAGCUUCAAAUACAGUUCCAGUUAUUGAGUACGUGUGGCUUAU